CCUCGCCCCACCCCCUUUCCAAGCCGCCUUAAAGGGACCGCUCACUGCCCAUCGUAAAGGCUGAUCACUGAUCACAUAUUCUUUCUCUCUCUCUCUCCCUCUCGUCUAGGCUAGGCCAAGAUGUGCUCCAAGCAGAAGGGGCGAGCCAGACAGUGGCAGGAGAACAUGAAGAGGCAUGCUGAGGUGGAGCAGCUGCAAGCGUAUCUGAGCAGCUGGAGGAAGGUCUUGGUCAACAACAUCAACCUGAAGGCAAUGGAGGCAACGGCCAAGGCGAAGAUUACAGAUCAACAGCUGAAGACUAUCGAUCAGGAGGUGAAGGUUGCGCGGAAGGCCAUUCUGCUGAUGCGGCAGGCAGCACUGAAGAAUCUGCUUCAGGAUGAGAGCAAGCAGUAUGUGGAGGAACUCAAGCUGAUGGGCAAGACCUUCUACAAGGAGCGACUCUGAGCGUGAGGAUC